CCCAUUGGGGCUCUGUCUCUCUUUCAAAUAAAUAAAUAAAAUCUUUAAAAAAAUUUUAAAGAGUGACCUGAGUUGCCCAACCUGUUACAGACCACAGUAAUCGACUACGUGAAGCCCUCAGAUCUCAAGAAGGACAUGAAUGAGACCUUCAAGGAGAAGUUUCCUCACAUUAAGUUAACACUCAGCAAAAUAAGGAGUCUGAAGCGAGAGAUGCGGAAGCUUGCCCAGGAGGACUGUGGCUUCGAGGAGCCCACAGUGGCCAUGGCCUUUGUCUAUUUUGAGAAGCUCGCCCUCAAGGGAAAGCUAAACAAACAGAACCGGAAGCUUUGUGCUGGAGCAUGUGUACUGUUAGCAGCCAAAAUCGGAAGUGACCUCCGAAAGCACGAAGUCAAGCAUUUAAUUGACAAACUGGAAGAGAAGUUCCGGCUAAAUAGACGAGAACUGAUUGCCUUUGAAUUCCCAGUGUUAGUGGCCUUGGAGUUUGCUCUUCAUCUGCCGGAGCAUGAAGUCAUGCCCCAUUACAGACGCCUAAUCCAGAGCUCCUAGCACAGGCCCAAAGGAGGGCUACGGACCACUUCCUCGGAGCUUGUGGAAUAGCACUUACUACUGGAAAUGCAAAAACAGAACUUGACAUACCAACCUUUUUUCCUCUCAACGUGUUUUUGAGUAGAAGCAGUACCGGAAACUUUUCAGGGAGUCCUGGUCUGGUGAGCCGGCAUGAGCCGUGAGCGGUUUAUUAUGCAGCAGGGGAAGGGGAGACCUGUGUGGAAGGUGGCAGAAGGCCUUUUGGCUUUCCCCAGGCAAGACUUCCCAGCUGUCCCCACGCUGGUGUUCUUCCUGGGUACAUACGAACCUCGCGAGCGUGGUCCGGGGCCUCCCCUCCAGACCUGAUCCAGCUUAGGAGUGCAAAGUUCUAGAGCAGAGUGGGGAAGAGAAUUUGCAGCAGCUGGGGAGGAGCUUUUAAAAGAUACCCUUACUGUGUCAAGAGAGUGCGCCAAUCUAUUUUUGUGUCCGCUCUUGGAAGUGCACUCCCAUGCACCCCCCCCCCCAACCCGGGGCGUGUGAGGGGGAGAAUGUGUGUGUCUGAGAGAUUCCGUGUCAGCCGUCCUCGGCCCCCAAAGCCAGUCCCAGCCACCAGAGAACAGACCUCUGCCUGGGGGUCCUGAGCCAUCCUGACCUUCGGCAGUUAGUUCUAGAUAAUCUCUGGGUCCCAUCAUCCUCACUCUCUCCGUAACAGAUGGUCUGACAUCCUCUGCCCAUAGAAAAUGCCGUAGUUUCGGUUACUGCUCCUACCACCAACGGGACAAAGGACGAGUUCUCGGUGUGGGACAGGUCACGUGGAAAGGCGUGGCCGGCGUGCUCCGUGUCUUCCCGCCGCCUGGCUGCGUGCUGACCUUUGACCUUCACACUUUGCCCGCUCUGGAGCCGGCUGGGGCUGUGCUCCGUGGUGUGUAUUCCUGUACUCUACGUUAGAGUGCGUAAUAAGCACAUUGAUUGUGCUCGCUCUGUAUAAAUAUUUUCUAAAAAUCCGGAGUAGCUGUAAGCUGCAUGAUUGCUGGUUGGAGGCUUCUGCCAGCUGGGACACGCCGCGUCUGGAGCGGGGUUCGGUCAGCUGCAGAGGCAGGGGCUGCUCACCGGCCCGCACAGCGGUCUGUGCAGAAGGUCAGCUGGCCGGCACGACCGUGCUGAGGGCCGUCGCCACAGCCAGCCCCUCGCAGCUGCAAGAGGGGGGCCUGCCGGAGUGCUCCUGACAGGAGGCGGCCUGGGGCCGUGUAAAAAAGAGAAUUAAAAUACUUUGUUUCUGUAUA